CAACAAUCGUAGUUUGCCAACAUGGCCAGUUGGGGAGGUGUUGAAGAAAAUGAGCUGGAUAACCGCAAUCAGCAGAGGUCGUAUGCCCUGGCAGGAAAAGUAUCAGCAUUACACUCUCUUGCCCUUGACAUAGAGAAUGAAACAUAUGAACACAACAGACUGUUGGAUGGCAUCAGCAAUGACUUCAGCAGUGGGGAGGGCCUCUUGUCUGGCAGCCUCAAUAGGGUUAAGAAUCUCCUGACAACUGGCCGACAGAAUCGCAAGGCUAUGUGCUACAUGGCUGGAUUUGUUAUUUUGUUCAUACUAUUCUUGUGGUAUGUUGUAUCAAGACUCAUCUCUGGGGAAUAAUUGGCAUUAAGCUGCGGUGUUAAAAUAACCUUCAGUGUUUUCAGAUCUUGAGGAACCCAAAUGUGUAAUAUAUUGUUCUACUUUCCAAGGUAUGGAAAUUAUGCCUCCAAUUGUUGUGUACAAUUGAACACCUACAACAUAGAGGUUACAUGUUCAGUUUACUGUGUGUGUGGGUGACAUCUGCACUAAAUUUCAGCAAAAAUUAAGUCAUUUUAUCAUGAAACUUGAGUAUAAUGACUCAAAUCAUCCUAUACAGUAUAUUCAUUUGUAUGUGGUUAUGGUUAACUGACAACUGUCUUGUGAAUUGUAUCAUGGUCUUUAGUUUAAGUUUUUCUAUUAGUGUAUAAGCCUUCAAUUGAAGCAUUUCAGUUAUCUUACAUUGAAAUGAUAUAAUUGAAAUACUUUGAUGAAAUACUAAGGAAUAUUUUUAUACUCCAUCAAUUUCAACUCAUUUGACCAUUGCCACAUGGCUGUGCUUGAGGCAUAUAUAUAUAUAUUGUAGUGCUGUAACAAGUUUGGAACUUAAAUUGUUCGUGAAAG